AUGCAUUUAUCAGAUAAAGAAGCAUCCAAUUUAGCAUUAGCCUUAAGAUAAUGUAUCAGCCUUGUAGAGUUAGACCUCUUGAUUAUGUAUGCUAAAAUAAACAAAAAAAGUUAAAAUGAAAUAGUCCAAGCCUUAUAAAAUUGUAAAAAAAUGUAGACAUUAAGAAUAAAAUUUGAAUUACAAGGAUCUAAAUUCAAAAGCGAUAAUUCUGAUGAAUAAAUGAUUGCUUUAGGCAAAAAUAUAAGAAAAUUUAAAAAUCUUUAAAAUUUGUUAAUUUGGCAUGAUAUUAUAAUUGGAACUGAAGUAUCUAUUUCUCUGAUAAAUGGAAUAAGUGAAUGCACAAACCUUUCAAGUUUAAAUUUGAGUUUAAUCUUUGAAAAUCAAUUAAAUGAGAAUGAUGCAACAUUUUCUCAAUUUGGAAAGCUAAAGAAUCUGAAAAUUUUAAAGCUUCUCAUAGUUUUGAAUCAUGAGAAUGGAAGAAAAGGUUUUCCUUUAAUACAUCAGUAUUUAGAUCAAAUCAAUCUUCUUGAAUAAAUAGAUUUUUGCUUUAGAGCAACUAUAGGAUAUGAAUAUUUGUUAAAUUUUGGAACCUCACUUGGAAAAUGCUCAAACCUAAAAUAUAUCACAUUAAUUUUAUUUUCUGUAAAUAAUGUUGGUUACUAAGGCCUUAAGGCUUUUGCAUAUGAAUUAGCUUAGAUUUAGCAUUUAUUUGUUUUAAAUAUCUCGAUGGGAAGAAUUGAGCUAUAAAUACCUUUAAAAAAAGACUUUAUUAGGAAAAAUAAAAGAUUAAUUAAAUUAAAUAUUAGCUUAAUUUGA